AUGGAAAAAGAAGAGUUAAGAAAAUGUUGCCAUGAUCUACAAAACGGUCUAACUGAUGGUGAAUUAAAAGAUAUAGAUGGUUAUGAACUGUAUGAAGAAUUACUUAUUUUUUGUACUAUAAUUUCUGAAGAAACGACAGCUUUUCAAGCUCUUUCAAUACUAAAAAAAUGUUGUGGUUCUUUUCCAAAUAUUUCGAUAGCACUCCGAAUAAUACUCUCAAUUCCUGUAACAUCAGCUGGUGCGGAAAGGAGUUUUUCCAAAUUGAAAAUAAUUAAAAACUAUUUAAGGAGUACUUUAUCACAGUGUAAACUUACAAGCUUAGCUACUCUAUCGAUUGAACAACAAAUUACCGACUCUUUAGAUUUUAGUGAGCUGAUUGCAAUUUUUGCUGCAGCCAAAGCUAGAAAAAAACAAUUUUGA